UGCACAGAACCACCAGAUAAAGAGCAGAAGCAGCAGACAGACUCUACAUCUUCAACAGGACCUGUGCGAGCGCCUGCACUCUGUAACCCAAACAUGGGCAGCCAAUAUUGCAACGGAUAUAGCAGCCACAAUGGCAAAGAGCUGAGGAUAGUGAUGAUGGGGAAGACUGGAAUUGGGAAGAGUGCCACUGGAAACACCAUCCUGGGACGACAGUGCUUUGUAUCAAAGUUCAGCGCAAGGUCUAUGACUGUUGACUGCUCCAAGGGCAAAGCUAUGGUGGACGGGCAACAGGUUGCUGUUGUCGACACCCCCGGUCUGUUUGACACCAGGUUCGGCAUGGACAAAACAACUAAAGAUGUAGGUCAGUGCAUCUCUUUCGCUGCUCCUGGACCCCACGUGUUCCUGGUGGUCAUCAGACUGGGCAGAUUCACUGAAGAGGAAAAGCAGACGCUAAGGCCUUUUUGCAGCAGAAUUUCGUCUGCUACCAGUGUCGACAAUCCACACUCACAUGACCACCGUGCCCCCGCGCAGGGGUUUAAAAGCUGA